AGCUCUUCAUUAUGCUUCAUGUGGCGGAAACACGCAGUGUUGCCAGCUUUUGAUCAGUAAGGGUGCUUGUUUAGCUGCCGUAAACUCCAACGGAUGGACGCCAUUGAUGGUUGCUCGUUCAUGGCACCGGAACUGGCUGGAAGAAAUCCUGAACCCAACCACAGAACAACCACAACUCCAUUUGCCAAAUGUCCCCUCUCCUUUCCUCUGCCUUCCUUUAAUGAGCAUUGUCAAGAUUGCUCAAGAAUGCGGCUGGCGAGAAAACGAUUGUCUCACUCCAUGUCGUGACCCUUGUGCCGUUUGUUUGGAAAGAAAAUGCACUGUAGCAGCAGAUGGAUGUGCUCAUGAGUUCUGCACAAACUGCGCAUUAUACCUAAGCACCACAAACAUAACAUCAUCAAAGACAUCACAAGCCACCCCAGGCUCUGUCCCAUGUCCUCUCUGUCGCAACGGCAUUGUAUCUUUCACCAAACUUCCCCAUACAAUAACAGCAACAACAACAACAUCAUCAAGAACAAGCAUCUCCUUGUCCUUUUGCACUUGCUCCUCUGAUGUCUUAGACACAGCUCUCCUCACUAACCCUCAUUACAGUUGUAGACCGGUUGUGUCAAGAACCGGUACUCGAAUUCCACAAUCUGCUAGAUCAUCAUCGUUUCGGUCUCUUAGCUGCCGGCGGUUUCCUCCAAGUCUCUGCCUUGGUGGCUCAGAUGUUGAUGAACCGCAAAGCCGGUUAAUGGGUGGAUCAUAUUCAAGAUCCGGUGUAGGAUUAAGGCGAUCGACGUCUCAGCAGUCACACAAAGAAAGGGUCUCCAUGUAUCGAGGGCGAAGAUGACAUUUUGCGCAGCAAGCGUCACGAAUCACUCUAUCAAGCUUCAUGAAUAUUAAAAUGUUUUUUAUUUGAUAAACUAUUAAAAUGUUAUAUGUUAAUUAUCAAAGUUAAAACUACUAAAAUCUCCUAUUUUAUUUUCAUGUAAACGUAUUAUCUUACAUGCAAACAUA